CUUUUUUCUUCUAUUUUUCAGAAGCCUGGGCGGAAAGAGCGAGCGAGUCCGUCAGAUGCCAGCGGCCGCGGUGCAGGAAGCGGUCGGCGUGUGCUCCUACGGGAUGCAGCUCAGCUGGGACAUCAACGAUCCGCAGAUGCCCCAGGAGCUGGCCCUCUUCGACCAGUUCCGAGAGUGGCCUGACGGCUACGUGCGCUUCAUCUACAGCAGCGAUGAGAAGAAGGCGCAGCGCCACCUGAGCGGCUGGGCCAUGCGCAACACCAACAACCACAAUGGCCUCAUCCUCAAGAAGUCGUGCCUGGGCGUGGUGGUGUGUGCGCAGGCCUGCGCCCUGCCAGACGGUUCGCGCCUGCAGCUGCGGCCGGCCAUCUGCGACAAGGCACGGCUGAAACAGCAGAAGAAGGCAUGCCCUAACUGUCAUUCUGCUUUGGAAUUGAUUCCUUGUCGAGGGCACAGUGGAUACCCUGUCACCAACUUUUGGCGGCUUGAUGGCAACGCGAUCUUUUUUCAGGCCAAGGGAGUUCACGAUCACCCAAGACCAGAGAGCAAAUCAGAGACGGAAGCUAGAAGAAGUGCCUUCAAGAGACAAAUGGCCUCUUUCUACCAACCCCAGAAAAAGAGAAUUCGAGAAUUUGAGGUAGAAGAAAAUCAAGACAGCAGCGGUCUUGAUUUCAGCAACAUACCUUUGGAAAAUCCAGAAGACUUUGAUAUAGUUACUGAAACCAGCUUUCCUAUUCCAGGGCAGCCUUGCCCUUCCUUCCCAGACUCUGAUGCUUACAAAGCUACCUGUGACCUAGCCACCUUUCAAGGAGACAAAAUGCCACCCUUUCAGAAAUAUUCAAGCCCAAGAAUCUAUUUGCCUAUGCCACCUUGCAGCUAUGAAUUGGCAAAUCCUGCUUAUACAAAUUCGAGCCCAUAUCCCACCCUUUGUAAGGAUUCCACCAGUAUCCCUAAUGACACAGACUGCAUUCAUCUGAACACACUACAAUAUAAUGUCAAUUCAUACAGCAGCUACGAGAGAAGCUUUGAUUUCACCAACAAACAGCAUGUCUGGAAACCAUCUCUUGGAAAACCCAGCCUUGUGGAGAGGACUGACCAUGGGCAGUGUCAGGCUGUGGCCACUCGCCCUUAUUAUAAUCCAGAGCUUCCCUGUCGGUACCUCACGACUCCGCCACCAGGUGCCCUACAAACCGUGAUCACCACCACCACCAAAGUGUCCUACCAGGCCUACCAGCCCCCUGCUAGGAAAUACAGUGAUGCUGUGGGGGAGAUUAAGAGCCUUUCAAGCUGUAGCUAUGCUCCUGAAGAUACCAGGAUGUCGGUCGCGGUAUAUCCAGAAGCCUGGGGUCCUCCAGCGACAGUCACCAGGGCAGCCUCUGCUUCAGGGCCACUUCCUAUGAAAACUGCAGGAGAUUGCCGCGCCAUCAGACCCACCGUGGCUGUUCCCCACCAACCAGUUUCCUCUAGGACAGAUGAAGCAGAGGCUUGGGAUGCAUGUGUGUCUGGGCUGGGCACUGCAAUCAGUCACUCAGAUAGAUUAGGUCCCUUCUGUAGCUAUAACAAUGAGGAUUUUUGAAAGGCAAUUCAGGGGACAACAAAAUAGCAAUGUGCAUGCAGGCAGGAGGCAGGGAAAUGUGAAAUGGCAGUGAUCUCUUGUUGACUUGGGAGACUCACCUUGUGUGCAAAAAAAUACAGAUAGUAGUAAAAAUGCCGAUUAGCUGAGAAAAUAAUCAGUUGGAAAUGUUCAGGUCAUAUUGGGACAUUUCACACAGCAUUUUGAAACUGGCUACAAUACAUAGAUGUAACUCAGGAAAGUGUGAGUCUCUCAAAUGAACAAAUAAGCAACUGGAGGAGGUUAAAUACUGACCUAAGUUCACUUAGCUUAUUAGUGGGAGUAGAGGUCUGGGAUUCUGGUUCUUAUUCUAAGCCUUUUCCCAUUAGAGCACUUUAGGGAAUUUUACAUCCCUGGAGGCUGUCAAAAUAGCUUCAGGAAGAAAGUUUUACAAUCUUCUGAGUCAUUUCAUGACAUUUUUGUUUAGCAUUUAGAACCCGUAAAAAUAGCUCAGGAAGUAAUUUUGAUUGUUUUAUCUCCAACUUAUGUAUCUACGGCUUUUCAAAAAAUCUCUAGCAAUGGUAAAGUUCAAUUGUUCUUAAAAGAUUCAAUAUUAGCUGAAUGCCUUUUCAUAACAUGAUCGUCUCCAUAACAGAGACAGCCUAACAAUGAUGAGUUGUAUUUAAUGAAUUAUCAUUGUUCCAAACACAUUUUUUUCUGAUUAGGUUUCGGAAUUAGAAUUAAAAUGUUUUGCUAAAAUACAGCUUUACUGUUCCUCUGUUAUUCUUCAUAAAGGUAAUUAAUAAUGUUCAAUAAUUAAUAACAUUGUUCAAUUAAAUGUAAUAAGGACAUUUUAAAGUAAUGAAGCUAAUUCUUGACUUACUUCAAAACAGAAAUAGGAAAAAAAAUGCUCAUAUUAUGACCUAGGAAACAGUUGUUAUGAAACAUUAAAACUUAUUAAAUGCACCAAGAGAGGUGGCUCGUGCCUGUAAUCCCAACACUCUGGGAGGCUGAGGCAGGAGGAUUGCUUGAGUCCAGGAGUCCAAGACCAGUCUGGGCAACAGAGAGAGUCCCCAUCUCUGCGUGACAGAGACCCCGGGGGCAUAGCAGUGUGCCUGUAGUUCCAGC